AUGGCCACAAAUCCACACGACCAAACGCAGGAGGGAAUCCCCUCGCUGCUCGACACCGAUCUCUACAAGCUCACAAUGCAAUGCGCAGUCCUGGCUAACUACCCCGAUGUUGAUGUGACGUACGCCUUCACGAACCGAACCCCCGAUCUGAAGCUCACCCGCGCCGCAUUCGAGUGGCUGGAGGUCCAGUGCGCAAAGCUUGGCGAUCUCCGUUUGACCGGCGACGAGCUCGAGUUCCUCAAGAAGACAUGUCCGUACCUGCCCGCGGCGUACAUCGCGUAUCUGGAGAAGUUCUACUUCCGGCCGGCGGAACAGCUGAAAUUGACGUUCACGCCGACGGGGAAGACGAGUGAGCAGAUUGGGACGGAGCGGGAGGAGAGGGAGCUGGGUGCUGAUAAGUUGGAGCUUGGUGAUGUCAGGAUCGACGUGGGGGGGAAGUGGGUGGAGACUAUCCUUUACGAGAUCCCGUUGUUGGUGUUGGUUAGUGAGGCGUUUUUCAAGUUUUCGAAUACGGACUGGAAUUAUGAUGGGCAGGAGGAGAAAGCCUAUGAAAAGGCCAAACAGCUUCUAAACAACGGCUGCGUAUUCUCAGAAUUUGGAAGUAGAAGACGAAGAAGUUACCACACCCAAGAACUCGUUAUCAAAGGCCUUAUCCGCGCAAACGAAGAGUUCAGUAAUGUCGAUGGAGCUGGCCGUCUCAGCGGGACAAGUAACGUCCACUUCGCCCACAGAUUCAACCUAACACCCAUCGGAACCGUCGCCCACGAAUGGUUCAUGGGCAUCGCAGCCAUCACAGACGACUACAUAUCCGCCAACGAAGUCGGGCUCGGGAAAUGGGUCAAUUGCUUCGGUGAAGGCACUCUCGGAAUCGCCCUCACCGACACCUUCGGAACCGAGCAGUUCCUCCGCUGCUUCGCGCGCCCCUAUAAGAACGGCAAGUCCUACGCCGAAGUCUUCGCAGGCGUCCGCCAGGACUCUGGCGACCCAGAGAUAUUCGUAAAGCGGAUGCGCGAGUUCUACGAUUCGCAGGGCAUCAAGGGAGAGAAGACGAUCGUCUUCUCGGACAGCUUGGACGUUGAGCUGUGCUUGAAGUACAACAAAGCUGCCCGGGCUGCGGGCUUCAAUGUCAGCUUUGGUGUUGGGACCUUCUUGACUAACGACUUCAUCCACCUCUCGCAGCCGACCAAGAAGUCUACGCCGCUCAAUAUCGUCAUCAAGAUCUCGUCUGCCGGCGGUAACCCCGCGGUCAAGAUUAGUGAUAAUAUUGGAAAGAACACGGGCGAUAAGGAGACUGUGGAGAGGGUCAAGCGGGAUCUUGGCUACACGGAGAAGAAGUGGGAGGAUGGCGAUGAGAGGUUCAGGUGGGGUGGGAAGGAAUAG